UGACUGCCGGAUACUCUUUCGCUUGGGCCGGCUGCGGGAACCGGGGUCGCGCGCGGGGACGGAGGUCUCUUCCCUUCAGGGCAAAAUAAUGCAGACAAUAAAGUGUGUGGUUGUUGGAGACGGUGCUGUGGGAAAGACCUGCCUGCUCAUCAGCUAUACCACCAAUGCAUUCCCUGAGGAAUACAUCCCCACAGUGUUUGACAACUACAGUGCUCAGAUGACAAUGGACGGCAGGAUGGUUAGCCUGAAUCUCUGGGACACUGCAGGCCAGGAGGAGUAUGACCGACUGCGCACCCUUUCCUACCCUCAGACCAAUGUGUUUGUGAUCUGCUUUUCCAUUGGGAGCCCUUCUUCAUUUGCCAAUGUGCGGCACAAAUGGCACCCUGAAGUCUCUCACCACUGCCCUAAUGUGCCAAUCCUUCUUGUUGGCACAAAGCGGGACUUGAGAAGUAACGUGGAGACGGUGAAAAAGCUGAAGGAGCAGAGCCUGGCUCCCACCACCCCGCAACAGGGGGUUUCACUGGCCAAACAGAUUGGAGCAGUCAAAUACUUAGAGUGUUCUGCACUGAACCAGGAGGGGGUGCGAGAAGUGUUUGCAGAAGCUGUGCGGGCCGUGUUGUAUCCUGUGACAAAGAAGAACUCAAAGAAGUGCCUUUUGUUAUAGUCACCAAGGACUGUGGCUCAAAGACUGAGGGCUUGGGAUGUUUGCAAGGCUCCUUCUGAAUCUAAUUGCAUCUUGCACUAAUGGCUCUAAAGAGAAUUUCGUGCAGCAAAUACUCCUGCAGUUCAGGUACCAGGUCCAGCAGACUGAAAUGAGCAGUUCGAUUCCCGGGUUAAGGAUCAGCCUC